AUGGCUUGGUUGAGUAGUUCCUUUAUUUUUUUAUGUGGUCUGGUAGAGACCAGAGUUUCAAUUACAAAGUUCAAGAGUAUUACAUAUAGGAUAAGGAAUAACUGGGAUUGGACUAACAACUAUAAUGCUGAUAGUGGUGGCCGUAUAUGGUGUGGUUGGGAUCCCAUAAAGAUUGAGGUUACAAUAAUUAUAUCUAAGCAUCAUAUGAUUCUAUUACAGGUGGUGAUUCGAGGAACUGUUACAAAGUUCUUUAUUUCCUUUGUUUAUGCAAAAAAUACUGAUGGAGAGAGGAAGCAGCUAUGGAAGGAUUUAGAGGAUUCUGUCCAGUGGAUUGAUGGACCUUGGUUACUAUUGGGGGAUUGGAAUGUUGUUAGGUACAAUAAUGAAAAGAAGGGAGGUAGAAGACAUGCACCCAGAGUUUUUGCUAGUUUUAAUAAUACAAUUGAUAAAUUGUACUUAACUAAUAUGCCCACAGCCAAUAGUGUUUUUACCUGGUGCAACAAGAGAUACAGCAAUAGAAGGAUUUAUGCUAAAUUAGAUAAAGGUUUAAUGAAUGAAGAUUGGGCUCUUACUUAUCCAGAUUUGUACGUAUUAUUAACACCUCCUUUGACCUCAGAUCAUUGGGGAUUAUGUGUUAAAGUGCCUGUGAACAUUGCCUCAGGUCCUAAACCUUUUAGGUUUUUGUUGAUCUGGAAUAAGCAACCUGUUGUCAAGGACUUGGUAGCUGCUUCUUGGGGUAAACAAUUUAAGGGUGAGCCAAUUGCAAAAUUAAUGGUCAAGUUAAAGCUUUGUAAACAAGCUGUGAAACAGUGGAACAUAGAGAAAUUUGGAUCAGUUUAUGCUGAAGUGAUAUCAUGCAGAAAGAAGUUAGCUGAGAUUCAAGGUGUUUUGGCUGAUGACCCAAUGAAUGAGGAUGUUAUACACAAAGAGGAUGCUGUAGUUACAAAAGAAGAAGUGAAGAGCACUAUUUUUGCAAUGGGAGCUGAUAGAGCACCAGGUCCUGAUGGAUUUUCUGCUAGGUUUUUUCAGCAAUAUUGGAGUAUUGUGGGUGAUGAUUUUACAAAGGCAGUUAUGCAGUUUUUUCAUAAUCCAGUCUUCGGGAAGGGGGUCAAUAGUACAUUUAUCACUUUGAUUAAGAAGAAGAAGGAUGCUAUUAUGGUUGAGGACUACAGGCCUAUAUCUCUCUGCAAUGUUUUUUAUAAAGUGGUAGCUAAGAUCCUUGCUAAUAGACUUGCUACGGUUUUAAGCAAAAUUGUAGGAAAUGAACAAACAGCUUUCAUCUAA